AUCUUUGCAUGAAACCAUAACAAAUAAUAAAUUAUUAAAUAAAAUCUAAUAAGAGAAGCAAUUGAAGUUAAUGCCAGCGGUGUGUUUAACCAAAUGCCACAGUCAACCUUCUUUUCUUCUGAUUUCUGAACCCUUUUUAAUGUCUCUAUAAAUAUUCUCUGUACACUCUCUUCCUCUCUUCACCACAUAUACUCUUCUCUUCUCUUUCUCUCUCAUUCUUGCUACCCUUUUCUUCUUUGAUCUUCUUUUCAUCAUCAUCAUGGUGUUUCCAAUGGUGCUUCUUAGGCUUCUUGAUUGGGUUUUGUACCAACUUCUUGCUAACUCUUUCUAUAGAGCAGCAAGGAAAAUGAAGAGUUAUUGGUUCAAUUUUGAGUAUAGCAUCAUCUCAUCAAAACCACAACAUCUUCAACAACCUUGUUUGUCUUUUCCAAGUGUCACAAAAUGUGACUUAGAGGCUCUUAGAGCUUCACAACCAACACUUGCUUUUUGCGACGUUCACAAAGUGUUGCUAAAUACACACUCCUUCUUCCCUUUCUUCAUGCUUGUUGCCUUUGAAGGUGGCAGCAUUUUAAGGGCACUUCUCUUGCUUCUCUCUUGUCCUCUCCUCCUCAUUUUGAACCAUGACAUGAACCUUAAACUCAUGACCUUCAUCACAUUCUGUGGCCUGAGAAUCAAGGACAUGGAAUGUGUCUCAAGGGCAGUGCUGCCUAAAUUCUAUUUGGAGAAUCUCAACCUUCAUGCUUAUGAGGUUAUGGCUUCAUCAAGUUCCAAAGUUGUGUUCACAAGUGUUCCUAGAGUCAUGGUUGAAGGGUUUCUGAAGGAGUAUUUGAGUGUUUGUAAUGUUAUAGGCACAGAGUUGCAAACUUUUGGUACCUACUUCACUGGCUUUGUCUCUGAUUCUGGCUUGCUUGUGAAGCAUAGAGCACUCAAAGAGUAUUUUGGUGACAGAAAACCAGAUAUUGGUAUUGGAAGCUCAAGUUUUGAUGAUCAUAUUUUCAUGUCACUUUGCAAGGAAGGUUAUGUGGUGAACAAUCCAAGCCCAAUGUUGGGAAGGGAAAAAUAUCCAAAGCCCUUGAUCUUCCAUGAUGGAAGGUUGGCAUUCUUGCCAACCCCAUCAGCAACAUUAUUGAUGUUCAUGUGGCUCCCAAUUGGGAUUCUUCUGGCCAUAUAUAGAAUCCUUGUUGGGAUCUUGCUUCCAUACAAAUGGGCAAUGAUACUUGGAGUUUGGAGUGGCAUAAACCUGAAUGUGAAAGGAAUAAUGAGGUCUCAAAGUUCAGAACAGAAGAAAGGGGUUCUGUAUGUUUGCACACAUAGGACACUUCUUGAUCCUGUUUUCUUAAGCACUUGUUUGGCUAAGCCUUUGACUGCAGUCACAUAUAGCUUGAGUAAGGUGUCAGAGUUCAUAGCUCCAAUUAGGACUGUCAGACUCACAAGGGAUAGAAAACAAGAUGCUCAAACCAUGCAAAAGUUGCUAAGUGAAGGUGACUUGGUAGUAUGUCCAGAAGGAACAACUUGUAGGGAACCAUACCUAUUAAGAUUCAGCUCAUUGUUUGCUGAGUUGGCUGAUGAAAUAGUUCCUGUGGCUAUGAAUGCUCAUGUCAGCAUGUUCUAUGGGACCACAGCAGCAGGCUUGAAGUGUUUGGACCCCAUCUUCUUCUUCAUGAAUCCUCGGCCAUGUUACCACAUUCACAUCCUUGGGAAGGUUCCUAAGGAGCUUACAUGUGCUGGAGGCAGGUCCAGUUGUGAGGUGGCUAACUAUAUUCAGAGCCAAUUGGCUCUUGCUUUGGGAUUUCAGUGCACUACUCUCACUCGGAGGGAUAAGUACUUGAUGCUUGCAGGGAAUGAAGGCAUUGUCAAUCAAGAACAUAACACCAACAAUAAUAAGGGACAAACUUCGCUGUCGUGAAGUUAAUAGUUGAAAACAGUUAGAUGUUAUCUUAACCGAUCAUAUCAUAUCAUCUAACGAUUCUCCAUUAUUAAUUUUAUGUAAAGACAAUUUUAUGUGGUCUCUGUCUAAUAAUAAUAGUUCCUAAUUUUUUUAUAAA